AUGGAAGCAAUCAUCUCCAGCUUAGAAUCAAACUCAAUGCAUACCACCACCACCACCACCCCCCCAAACGAACCCGACACCUUCCCAGAGCGCGAACGCCAACGAGCCCAAACCCUCUCUCAAAUCGCCCUCCGCUCCCAAAACCUAGACCACCUCCUCCAAACCUUCACCAACUCCCUCACAGACCUCGACCGCGAAAACCGCCACUCCAACCCCCUGGAAUACCUAACCUCCCGUUCAAACCACAUGAACUCCGUCAUGAAUCUCUGGCGCAAAACCAACAAUCCAAAUGAAAAUUACACCCAUGCCGAACGUCAACAAGAUCGUAUCGUGGCUUAUAAAUUCGAGGAAAUGGAUGCUCGUGAACAGGCUGCUGAACGCGAGAUGGAGAUUUGUGAACUUCAACGGGAAGUUAGAGGGUUGAGGGGGCUUUUACUUUCUUUGGCGGAGCCUAAUAAUAAUAAGAGAUUGAUGAUUGGGGGGGAUUGUUGUUCUGAGAAGAGGGAUGAUGAUGAGUGGGGUGGUGGUGGGGGGGUUGUUGUUGAUGGGAAGGAGGAGGGUUUUGUUUCUGAGAGGGAAGUUUUGGAUUUUGAGGAGGUGCUUUGGGGGAGUUGCUCAUAG